AUGUCCACUAUCCCCAAGAUUGCAAAGGUUGCUCCUCAGUCAUCCGCCCUCUUCAUUUGCGACAUUCAAGAGCGUUUCAAGGGUGUCAUUUGGCAGUACCCCUCUGUCAUUACCGUUGCAAACAAAAUGAUCAAGGCAAGCAAGAUCUUGGAUAUCCCUGUUGUUGUCACGGAGCAAUACCCAAAAGCCUUUGGUCCCACGGUUCAAGAACUUGAUGUCUCGGAUGCUGUUGUGAAUCGGGAUAAGACCAAGUUUAGCAUGUAUAUCCCUGAAGUGGCCAAUGCCUUGAAGGAACGCAACACCAAAUCAGUUAUUCUUGUUGGCAUUGAAAGCCAUGUUUGCGUACUUCAAACUGCCCUGGAUCUCUUGGAAAACAACUAUGACGUGCAUGUACUCGCAGAUGGCGUUUCUUCUCAAAAUCAUUCUGAAAUCAACGUUGCCAUUGCUCGUAUGCGUUCUGCUGGUGCAACUGUUACUACAUCCGAGUCUAUGCUAUUCCAGCUUUGUCAAGAUGCCAAACACGAGAAAUUCAAGGCCAUUAGUGGUCUUGUCAAGGAAUACAUGGAAGCAACCAAAGUUAACCAAAUCCUUCAAAAGGUUUCUAGUGGCAUGGCCAACCUUUAA